CAUUGUCAAUCAUCACCGUGACUCGUAAACGUCAUCUCAGUUCCCAACCCAACUCUCACACAUUUGACGGCGUAUUUCUCUUCUCAACCUACAUUCAACGAUGAACCCACCAACGUCAGGGCCCUACGAGAGCUCUUCUUACUACAACAUGUCCGGCGGGAGUGGGUACCCUCCUCACGACCUUUCUCAACCCGGCGGCCCCCCCGGACCCGGACCUUGGGACCAUCCAUCCCCUCAUCCUCAACCGGACCAAGUCUAUGGCGGUCCUCCCUCAUUCGGUCCUUCUACCGGCCCUGCACCGGAUGCCACACCGGGCGUCGAGCAGAUGUCCGGCCCGGCCGCCAUGUUCCCAUCUUCCUCACCAGGCGAUGGUCCCCAUCCUCAGUAUCCUCCUCCUGUCCAGCAUAACGCUCCUCCUUCUGCUCCUCCUCCGGGCACUUUUGCGCCACCACCAGGACCCGGUUACGCCCCGAUGCCGAUGGUGCCUCAAGGCCCACAGGGAUUAUCCGCGCCCGUGGACACCGAGCCCCCGGGCAUUCGCGCCGCUAGGGGCAGGGCGCAGAUGGCUCUGCAAGAGUACCUCUCGCUCCAGAAGAAGAGGAAGCGUGCGGAGGGCGGGGCCAAGGCCUCCGAGCUCGACCAACAGAUUCGCGUUACAGCGGCGCGUGUUACGCAGGAUCUGUCGGCCGUGAGGAAGGAAGUGCGCAACAUGAUCAAGGAGGCCGAGACGCAUAGGUGGAGGAAAUGGCUGAUUGGAGGCCUUGUGGCUUCCGUCAUUCCUGUCGUCAAGCGCCUCUUCCGCCGCUCGCCCGAGGAGAAGGAGCAAGACAAGUCGGUCACCGACAUGGAGCACGCGUUCUCGCGUAGCCGGGAGAUCUUGUCCCGCAUCAAGGACACGGUUUUGGGCCGCAGCGGCUUUGCGAGCAUGGCCUUCUUCGUGUUUGCCGUGCUUUACGUCUUCUCCAAUGAGGUGUCGCUCAUGGUCGCCAAGACGGUCAACAAGCGGGUCAAGUCUGUUUCCAACAAGCUCUACGACGGGCAGGAGAUUGACGAGAAGGACAUCAAACUGCUGGAUGGAUGGCGCUGGAGGAUUCUGCUCUUGGGUCGUUGAUCGACUCGGGAAGAGUGAGAGAUACAUCACGACGACUUAUCUCACGAGUCACGCAUGGGCGAUGAUUGAUGAACGAAGUUACGAACCGCUUUUCUUCGACUCGAUACUAUCUCGGGGGAAAACGGGUGUAUAUGCAGUGCACGUCUGUCUAUAUAGUCCAAUUACGGGAAACAUUACAUGGUCUUACUUGUCUAGUUGCGUGGUUUGUGGUUUGUGG